AUGCGUGCAGGGCCGGAGCCCCAGGCGCUGGUGGGGCGGAAACGCGGCGCCCGGCGUCUUCUGGUUCCGAGGAUGGUCCUCACCGUUUCCGCUCCGGCGGAAGUGAGGAGGAGGGUCCUUCGACCCGUGCGGAGCUGGAUGGACCGCGAGACGCGCGCCCUCGCCGACCGCCACUUCCGAGGCCUGGGAGGCGAUGUCCCCGGCGGCGGCCACGCUCCGGGCCGGGUAGCCUUCGUCUCGGAGCCGGGCGCCUUCUCCUACGCCGACUUUGUGCGGGGCUUCUUGCUGCCCAACCUGCCGUGCGUGUUCUCCAGCGCCUUCACGCAGGGCUGGGGCAGCCGGCGGCGCUGGGUGACGCCCGCGGGCAGGCCCGACUUCGACCACCUGCUACGGACCUACGGAGACGUGGUUGUACCAGUUGCGAACUGUGGGGUCCGAGAAUACAACUCGAACCCCAAGGAGCACAUGCCUCUCAGAGACUACAUCACCUACUGGAAAGAGUACAUCCAGGCGGGCUACUCCUCUCCCAGGGGCUGUCUCUACCUCAAAGACUGGCACCUGUGCAGCCCUAGUCUCCUCGUGCCUCACGUGCUGUCAGUGGUGCCCUUGCACCCUCCUCACAGGGACUUCCCGGUGGAGGACGUUUUCACCCUGCCUGUGUACUUCUCGUCCGACUGGCUGAAUGAGUUCUGGGAUGCACUGGAUGUGGAUGACUACCGCUUUGUCUACGCGGGGCCUGCGGGCAGCUGGUCCCCAUUCCAUGCUGACAUCUUCCGCUCCUUCAGCUGGUCUGUCAAUGUCUGUGGGAGGAAGAAGUGGCUCCUCUUCCCCCCAGGGCAGGAAGAGGCCCUGCGGGACCGCCACAGCAACCUGCCCUACGACGUGACCUCCCCAGCACUCUGUGACACACACCUGUACCCGCGGAGCCAGCUUGCUGACCCACCCUUGGAGAUCACGCAGGAGGCGGGCGAGAUGGUGUUUGUGCCCAGUGGCUGGCACCAUCAGGUGCACAACCUGGAUGACACCAUCUCCAUCAACCACAACUGGGUCAAUGGCUUCAACCUGGCCAACAUGUGGCGCUUCUUGCAGCAGGAGCUAUGCGCCGUGCAGGAGGAGGUCAGCGAGUGGAGGGACUCCAUGCCCGACUGGCACCACCACUGCCAGGUCAUCAUGAGGUCCUGCUCGGGCAUCAACUUUGAAGAGUUUUACCACUUCCUCAAGGUCAUCGCUGAGAAGAGGCUCCUGGUCCUGAAGGAGGCAGCCGCUGAGGACCGUGCUGGGCUGGGUUUUGAACAGGCAGCCUUUGAUGCCGGGCGCAUCACAGAGGUGCUGGCCUCCUUGGUUGCGCACCCCGACUUCCAGAGAGUGGACACCAGCGCGUUCUCACCACAGCCCAAAGAGCUGCUGCAGCAGCUGAGAGAGGCUGUUGAUGUUGCUGCGGCCCCGUAGCGCCUGUCGUGAGGAUAGAAGGACGGGUGGAUGAGAGGCAGCCUCCUGCUCCAGGGCCCUUCCAGAAAUAAAGACCGCCCUCUCUGUGACCUGGGGCCCACCCCUGUCGAGGCUCGUGGCCUGGCUGUUCAUGGCCACUGCCUGGGUGCCUGUUUUUCAGGUGAGGCCCAAUGAGGUCAGGGACCCAAGAUGGGAUGUGGCCCCUCUGAUCUGCAGCAGGCCUGCUGGGAGCUCGGAGAUGGUGCCAGGACCUGGCUCUUUUGGGGGCCCUGCCUCCUUAGGCCAGGACGCCUGAGCUGACAGGAGUCUGUGUCUGGUGUGCCUUCUCUGGAGGCUCCUCUUAAUAGGCCAGCCCUGUCCCCUCGUCUCAGGCCAUUGGGCCACCCCUGGCUCUGCCCUGUGGGCUCAGGGAGGGGUUGGAGCAGUGCUAGGCAAGCUCACCAGGGCCUCCAGGCAGGGCUGGGGUUGGCCUCCAUCACCUCCAGGUGAUGGGCUGCAGAACCAGCAGCCUGUGCCUUCCUCUGGGUACCCAGAGUGGAGGGCUGGGUUGGGCUGGCCUUUGCCACCUCCCUGCCUUCCCAGGGCCUGUGGGCAGCUGGAGAGGCCACGGAUGGGGUGGAAUCCCAUCUGCUGCUGAAUCCUCACCUGGGCCUGAGGGACUGUGCCUGCUGCGCACUCACAGCUGGGUCUUCCCAAGGAUGCUGUUCUCAGGAGUGGUGGGUCCCUGGCCCCUCUUCACACUGGGCAUGAUGGAGGUAUGGGUGGGUUCGUCCAGGCUGAUCAAGGCACAGCAGUGAGCAGCGGCCUGUGGUGGGGAAUGGACUCUCGUGGGAUUCUCCUGCAGAAGAUGCCCCAGGCCUGAACCCUCUAGUGGAUCCACAGUUUGUGGAGACUGGCACUCUCCCAGCCCUAUCCUUGACCGAGAGUCCAGCACUUUUUCAGUUGGCCCCUGGUUGGCUGCCCAACCCCAGCAGGGGAGGAGGCAUCCGAAUCUGCAGGGACAGCACGUGCCACGGCUAUGCACGUUGUCUGCCCGUGGCAUCCAAUGGGGCCGCUGGCACUUGUCUAGGAUGCAAGCCCCCAAGAAAGGCAGGGGUUUCUGUCUGCUCUGUUCAGUGAAUCAUGUGAAGUGCUUGCAAAGGCAGCUUUACACAGUA